GCCCCUCGCCAAGAGUGAGGGCGCUAGUGCAUCCUGGGUAGACGGGGGGAACUACCUGCCGCUCAACGUGUCCUACCGGUUGCUGGCUGGAGUGCCCGCAAUCAAACAGCGGAGAGACCCCCCUCCAUCCCCCUCUAAGUGGACCACCACGGCCCCUCCAAAGGUGGAGAUCACCCUCACGGCAUUGCAGUUGUAUUUGGUGCAAGGGAAUACAUCCAUGGUGAGCUGGUGGGUAAAACUCUGAACGCUGAAGGUGUACGAGGUCAAGCCCCGCAGCUCCUCUGCUGUCCAAGUGGCCACCGUGCAGCGCUGCUUUGACCUUCUACCAAGGGCUGAAGGGCAACGAGGGGAAGUUGAGCUACUCAUGAAAUGGCAGCCAUUGACUCUCACUAAGUUAGCUUCAGCUUUUCAGAAAAACGGAACCAACUAUACAAUAAGAAGUAUUUUUUACUUCUCUAUCACACAGAGAGAGAGAGAGAGAGAGAGAGAGAGAGAGAGAGAGAGAGAGAGAGAGAGAGAGAGAGAGAGAGAGAGAGAGAGAGAGAGAGAGAGAGAGAGGACAACGGGAAUUUAUUGACAUGAAAUCGACAUCCGAAGAUUGGUUUGUAAUUGUUGUAAAGAAAUUGUAUUGUGUAAUUGUCGAAAAUAAAAUAGGUAAUUAGCAAUAUUUUUUCUUAGUGAAGGCUACAUCGAGAGUGAGUGCAUUCAUGUUUAACCCCCACACAAACACACACACAAAUCCAUGCCGAGCCUCUACACCUCCCGUCCUCCGCCCAGGGUUCCUUACGAUCGGUCUGGCGUCGGUGAAGAGGAAGAAGGGCAGCUACCUCCUGCCGACCCUGGCUUCCCUCUUCUCCCAGUCGUCCUCCAAAGAGAGGGCCUCCAUGGUGGUGGUGGUGCUGCUUGCUGAAUUUGACCCUGUGUGGCGAGGGGUGACGCUGGACGAGAUCAGAGCUGCCCACCCCUCCGAGUUGGACAAGGGCCAGCUUCUAGUGAUACACGUACCGCCGCAGUUCUACCCACCCCUUACAGCCCUGAAGAGGAACUACAACGACGCUCCGGAGCGAGUGUCCUUCCGCUCCAAGCAGAACGUGGACUACUCGUUCCUGAUGCACUACAGCAGCAGCCAGGCCACCUACUACCUCCAGCUGGAGGACGACGUCAUCUCCGCCCAAAGCUUUCUCUCCACCAUUCACAAGAGCAUCCUGGAGCGCCAGGCGGUCCACUGGGCCCUGCUGGAGUUCUCCAGCCUGGGCUACAUCGGGAAGCUCUACAAAGCGGCAGACCUACCCCUCCUGGCCCGCUUUCUCUUCCUGUUUUACCAGGAGAUGCCCUGCGAUUGGCUGCUCACUCACUUCCGCGAGCUGUUGGUCCAGAAGGAGCAGAUCCUUAUCAAGCCCUCCCUGUUUCAGCACAUUGGGGCCUUCUCCUCCUUCAAGGGCAACGCCAACCCGCUGAAGGACAUGUCCUUCGAAAAGGAUGUCUACUCCAACCCUGUGGCCGACGUGUACAGCGAUAUAUCCGUGUACAAGGACCACGUGCCCCGGCUGGCGUGGGAGGCAGGGGAGGGGUACUUCUGGGGGCGCACACCGGAGCUUGGAAGCUAUCUGACGGUGGUCCUCAGAGCGCCGGCCGUGGUGACCAGUGUGAGGGUGGUGACGGGCUUUGAAGGGAAGGACGUCCUACUGUUUGCUGUGGUGGAGCUGGGCCAGAACGUUGAGACCACAGUGAGGGGGGAGAAGAGCUGCAAGGACUUCCGGCCAUUGGGGAUUAUGAACAAUGGAAUGUUUGAGAAGAAGGCUCUGGAGAUGGAGUUUGGCUCCUCUACUUCCUGUUUACGGUUGCGAGUCACCGGAAAACAUAAAGAUUGGAUAGCAAUUAUGAAAAUUAGAGUCACUGUCAAGACCGAUCUGCACACCAGCCUUGUGAAUGGGAGCUGAAUUUGCUUGUUUUAUUAUUGAGCUUAUGAUACAGACUUGGAUAUAUAUUUUAUAGUUUUAUAAUGCAAUUUCCUAUGGCAUCGUUGAGAGAAUCCCACAGCCGGGUGUCUGAUGGGUGGGAUCCAAUUUAACCAUCAAUAAGCUAAGCUGUGUCCCCAACAUGGUUGAUUAAACAUUGAAUAGUUUUGUAUUGAAUCAAGUGCACAUUCCAGUUAUUGUCCGAUAUUGUUCAAAAUGCUGCCAUUGUUUAUGGCUUUCCCUGUAAACCAUGCAUGGUCAGGUUAUGUGUUUGGGGCCAGUUACUAAAUUGUUAUCUGUUUUCUCUCCAUACACUGGCCCAUAUUGUUUUCCGUUAUCAGACAGUGCCAUGGGCAUAUUGUUGAAUGCCCAUUGACUCUAAAAGUCAAGUGGAAACAAAUGGAAGAAACGGCCCAUUUUGGGUUAGAUGUUUCACAUUUUCCAUUACCCCGUUAAAACCCAAAGCGAGAAAAUGGGCCAAUGUCCCCAAAGCAGAAUGAAACUUUAAAUAUGUGAUUGAGUGGCAUUAAAUAAUAAUGAUGGA